ACAGUAACCUGGUGGAGGACAUUCUGUUUCAGGUGUCACAGUGAGCACAGGGCUGGAUCUGCAGAAGAGAAUCAUUGGAGGUCAACCAUGUAAACCAACUGAGCGUCUGUACCAUGUUGAACUGACAAUUCGUGGUAAUUUUCCAAUGUUCCACUGUGGCGGUACUCUGUUAAAAAACCAGUGGAUUCUGACUGCAGGACACUGCUGGGAGAAGGGAGGGAAAAUAACAGCACAUUUAGGUGUGCAUCCAGAAAUCAACAAACAAUCAGAGCAAACCAUCGCAAGACAUGAGAUCUUUACAGAUGCCCAAGGAAAUGUUCAUGACAUCAUGCUGCUGAAGCUACCUAAACCAGCUAACAUUCAACCUGUACCACUUCCUGUCUGUGGAACUCAUCCACCUCUAGGUGACACCGUUCAUAUGGCUGGUCAUAGCUAUACUAAUGAAAAAAAACUUCAAAGAUCAGAUACUCUCCAAUGUGUUGACACCACGGUUGUCAAAUGUGAACCCGGGUUUUCUGACGCCCAUCAACACGUAUUCUGUGGCAAAAGAGCUAGAGUGGAUGCUUGUCCAGGUGACUCUGGUUCUGGAGUGGUGUACGAAGGCAAGAUUUAUGGUGUCAUUUCCACUGGUUAUUGCACUAACCAAGGAACACAAGUUGAAUUUAUGGACGUCUGUAAUAAUGAUUACAUACAGUGGAUCAAUCAAAUAAUAGCAACAUAGAGAUGUCUAAUGUGUGGUUAUUGUAAAAUGUCCUGUCAUUCAAGAGACAUGUCACAUGUGUUAAGAAAAUUGUUAAAAAUUGUUAAGUUAUUCUAAAUUUGCAAUUCACAGUUGUUUAGAUUACAUUAAAUGUUUGACUGUCAUUUGUAAAGCCCUUAAAGACAAACAAUAAUGAUGAUUGUCUGACUGUAGUUUCACAAGGUAGUGUCUGAGUUACAAAUGUAAAUUUACACAAUGUUGCUAUCAAAAUGUUAUCUAUCUACAGUUUUUAAAUAUCCUUUUCUCCUUUUUCACUCAAAAUGUAAAAAUACAAUUGUACAUUUGCCCUUAUAUCAAUUCAGCAGAUUAAGCAUGCUAUAAUCAUUGUAUGGAAAAAGUAACAAAGGGCCAUUAUAUAUACAAAUAUAACAGUCAAUUCUUUUAAAAAUACUUUUAUCAAUUAUAAUCAAUGUGUUUACCUUGACCGUGUUGUCAGUUAAAAAUAAAUUUUGAUGACUAACAAUCAUUAA